AUGAAGGGAGCAGUUGGAACUGAGUUGGGACCGUCGCAAACUGCAGCGAUGGGUGGUGUCAGUAAAGAGGACACUGCAGAUCUGGUGUCAACCGAAGACAAAGAAGUGACAGAAAAGGUGUUACGGAGCAAACGAUUCCUACAAAUGAAACCAACAUCAAACAGGCAAAAACUGAAGUUUGGUGGAGUUAGAUCUCGGAUUCCGUCCUUACGAAAAGAACUAGAGCUUUUGUGCUCAGAACAGUGUUUUCAGCGCGAGAAGCCUGCGAAGCCAGCAGCUCGUGCUGCUGAUCUAUAA